UUAUUAAUGCUAUUCUUUAUUAUCCUUAAGUAUCGAGACCUGAAAAUUUAUUAUAUGGCAUUAUCCUGGAUGGCGCAGCUUAGACUGGCUAAAGAAGGCUUGUUUGACGUAGGGACUCUGUAUAGAGUUGGAAGAUGUCUUAUUGAGCUGGAACACGAUACAUCACUUAAUGAUGCCGAGGAACUUGAAAAUGAUGCUAUACCGCCGGAGGAGAAACGCUAUUUCGCUAUCCUGAUAAAUCACGAGUUGGAAGUCAUCUCCGAGAAGGAUGGCACAGUCAGUUACAGAAGACAGGUCAAGUUCCUCAGAAAAGACAUAGAGGAUAAUAUAAUUGCCCGAGAGGAAUAUAUCUAUGAUGGUAAGCCUCGUGGAUGCAGCGUUAAGAUUCCGUCAAUGAGGUGUGUAUAUCGCCUGUAG